CGACCGGGUCCCGUCGCUGCCGCCCGGAGCCCGCCGCCGUGCAGCGCCCCGGCGGGGCCGAGCAGGAGCUGGCACCAUGGACUCCUUCAAAGUGGUGCUGGAAGGGCCGGCACCUUGGGGCUUCCGGCUGCAAGGGGGCAAGGACUUCAACGUUCCCCUCUCCAUCUCCCGGCUCACUCCCGGAGGCAAAGCUGCGCAGGCCGGCGUGGCCGUGGGCGACUGGGUGCUGAGCAUCGAUGGCGAGAACGCAGGCAGCCUCACGCACAUUGAGGCCCAGAACAAGAUCCGGGCCUGCGGGGAGCGGCUCAGCCUGGGUCUUAGCAGGGCUCAGCCGGCUCAGAAUAAACCGCAGAAGGCCCUGGCCCCUGCCGCGGACCCCCCGCGGUACACCUUUGCACCCAGUGCCUCUCUCAACAAGACGGCCCGGCCGUUCGGGGCGCCCCCGCCUGCUGACAGCGCCCCGCAGCAGAAUGGACAGCCUCUCCGGCCACUUGUCCCCGACGCCAGCAAGCAGCGGCUGAUGGAGGACACGGAAGACUGGCGGCCGCGGCCGGGCACGGGCCAGUCCCGCUCCUUCCGCAUCCUUGCCCACCUCACGGGCACCGAGUUCAUGCAAGACCCGGACGAGGAACACCUGAAGAAAUCAAGCCAGGUGCCCAGGACAGACAUCCCAGCCCCAUCCUCAAGCACAGCCCAGGAACCCUGGCCUGGCCCCACCAGCCCCAGCCCCACCAGCCGCCCACCCUGGGCUGUGGAUCCUGCGUUUGCUGAGCGCUACGCCCCGGACAAAACCAGCACGGUGCUGACCCGGCACAGCCAGCCGGCCACGCCCACGCCCCUGCAGAAUCGUACCUCCAUCGUGCAGGCCGCCACCGGAGGCAACGCAGGGGGGAGCGGAGGCAGCAACGGCAAGACUCCCGUGUGCCACCAGUGCCACAAGGUCAUUCGGGGCCGCUACCUGGUGGCGCUGGGCCACGCCUACCACCCCGAGGAGUUUGUGUGCAGCCAGUGUGGAAAGAUCCUGGAAGAGGGCGGCUUCUUUGAGGAGAAGGGCUCCAUCUUCUGCCCACCCUGCUAUGAUGUGCGCUACGCCCCGACCUGUGCCAAGUGCAAGCAAAAGAUCGCUGGCGAGAUCAUGCACGCCCUGAAGAUGACGUGGCACGUACACUGCUUCACCUGCACUGCCUGCAAGACCCCCAUUCGCAACAGGGCCUUCUACAUGGAGGAAGGGGUGCCCUACUGUGAGCGAGACUACGAGAAGAUGUUUGGCACCAAAUGCCGUGGCUGUGAUUUCAAGAUCGACGCCGGGGACCGCUUCCUGGAGGCGCUGGGCUUCAGCUGGCAUGACACCUGCUUCGUGUGCGCGAUCUGUCAGAUCAACCUGGAAGGAAAAACCUUCUACUCCAAGAAGGACAAGCCCCUCUGUAAGAGCCAUGCCUUCUCACACGUGUGAUCCUCCUUGCCCGCUGACACCUGCGUCUGACCCAGCCCGAAGCAUCUACAAGUCCUCACCUGCCCAGCCUUUCUGGGUAGGGCUGGCCACGGCUGUCCCGAGCCCGACUCCUGCCCCCAGUCUGGGGUUCUCUGGACCCCAUGUUGUCCCCUCACGUGCCCCCACACUCCCCCCACUGCAGUCACCGCUGCUGGCCACACCAGCCCCUCCUUCACCUCCAUUGCCAUAAUAAACCUGUGUCCAGC